UAUACCUUGUAAAAAGGUUAGACACCAAUAAGAAGGGCUGCAUAGGGCAUCAGCCAUGGCAAUGGUACUGUGGUGGACCCUGUUGUGGAUAUCAGGAUACUGUCACAUUCUUUCAGCCAAGGUGUUGGUGCAGUACAAAUACUUCCUAUCUGAGCAGAAACGGGGGGUCUCUCUACCAGCCCCUGCUGAGACCAACGGGACAGAAUUCAUCUGGGAGUGGACGUCACAUGAUGGAAGCUACACAAACACUCGGAUAAUAACUAUACAGUCUGAUGGAACGUAUUCAUGGAAUUUGAAGAAGGCGAACAUGUCUAUUUCAAAAGAAAGAACAUAUGACAUUAUUCUCAGACCAGAGUUACAAAAUGCAGGAGUUUUUACUUUUAUUCAAACUAAACCAAAGAAAGUAAAAGUGGCCCAGUUUGAAGUGUUCGCUAUAAAAGUGGAACCGUUGAGCUGGUCCAGAGAAAAUGAAGGUUGUGAUAUGAUCAGGAGCUGUGAAGUAUCACACCUUCCAGAUUCAGCUACACUGGACUGGGAAAGGGACAGAGAACCUACUGCUAACACAACGCUGUUCUACAACAACACUGCCCACAUCAUCAUCCACAGUGCUGACCAAUACAGUGAGGGAUCAUAUUACUGCACACUCAGAUGGAACGGAGCACUUAUUUUCAGCAUUCCCAGUACAUUUGAAGUCAACAAGGGUACACGUGGCACAGAGCACACUCUGUACAGAGGGAGUUUGAACAGCAGUGAGGUGAUGCUAAUCUGCCGUUCUCCAGCCUCAUACAGAACAGCAUAUUGGCAAUGGGAGCCAUCGUCUGGGACAAAUGCAAUCCGUGUGGCCUCAGCUGAUAAAUAUGAGAAUGCUUCGAUUUCCAUGGAGGUAGAUAAAGAGAGAUUCUCAUCUGAGGGCUUUGAUGGGUCUAAUUUUCCUCUGAGAAUCUCACCGGUGAAGUUUGGAGACAGUGGAAGGUACUUCUGUUCCUCUGAACACUCCCUGAUGGCCACAGUAAUGCUGGUAACUGUUCAGGUCUCAGCAGUGCCCCCUGGUGGUCUGUCCAGGAAUCAGUCCGUCAUGCUGAACUGUGAGAUAUCACAGGUGAACAGCUCUGUGACCCUGGCCUGGCUCCGGAUGAAGGGGGGCAGGGGGGAGCUCGUAAAACAGGAGGUCCUGAGUGAGGGGCACCCGAAAAAGAUGCUCAGUCUCACCCUGCCCACUCUGAGCAGAGACCAGCUGCACUGGGCCUGUGCAGUGUUCACAGGGAGCAUGCUCAGAGCACAGGUCCCUCUGCACCUCACACUGCCAACACUCAUCACUGAACCUGAAGAGCCAAAGCCAGGAUGGAGCACUGAGACAGUGGUCAGGGUGGUGAUUGUAGUGCUGGCCACCCUGGGGAUGCUAAAGGUUCUUAUGUGGUACUGCAGGAGACGCCCAGCAAUGUUGGUACAGUACAAAUACUUUCAUUCUGGGGAGAUACAGAGGGUCUCUCUACAAGCCCCUGCUGAGACCAACGGGACAGAAUUCAUCUGGGAGUGGACGUCACAUGAUGGAAGCUACACAAACGCUCGGAUAAUAACUAUACAGUCUGAUGGAACGUAUUCAUGGAAUUUGAAGAAGGAGUCUAUUUUAAAACAAAGGAAGUACGACAUUUAUCUGCGAGCAAAUUGGAAAGAUGCAGGAGUUUUUACUUUUAGUCAAACUAAACCAGAGGAAGUGAACUUGGCCGUGGCUGAAGUGUUCGCUGUAGAAGUGAAACCAUUUCACAUGGACACAGUAAAUGAAGGUUCUGAUGUGGUCAUGAGCUGUGAAGUAUCACACCGUCCAGAUUCAGCUACACUGGACUGGGAAAGGGACAGAGAACCUACUGCUAACACAACGCUGUUCUACAACAACACUGCCCACAUCAUCAUCCACAGUGCUGACCAAUACAGUGAGGGAUCAUAUUACUGCACACUCAGAUGGAAUGGAGUACAUAUUUUCAGCAUUCCCAGGACACUUCAAGUCUAUGAAGGUACAUAUGAAACACAACGCACUCUGUACAGAGGAAGUUUGAACAGCAGUGAGGCAGUGCUAGCCUGCCGUUCUCUGAACUCAUUCAGAACAGUUUACUGGAGAUGGGAGGCAUUGCAAAGGUCUGAUCUAACCCUUGUGGCCUCAGCUGAAAAACAAAAGAGUGCUUUGAUUUCCAUGGAGAUAGAUAAAGAGAGAUUCUCAUCUGAGGGCUUUGAUGGGUCUAAUUUUCCUCUGAGAAUCUCACCAGUGAAGUUUGGAGACAGUGGAAUGUACUUUUGUUACUCUGAACACUUCCUGAUGGCCACAGUAAUGCUGGUAACUGUUCAGGUCUCUGCAGUGCCCCCUGGUGGUCUGUCCAGGAAUCAGUCAGUUGUGCUGAACUGUGAGAUAUCACAGAUGAUCAGCUCUGUGACCCUGGCCUGGCUCCGGAUGAAGGGGGGCAGGGGCGAGCUCAUAAAACAGGAGGUCCUGAGUGAGAGGUACCCAAAAACGAUGCUCAGUCUCACCCUGCCCAUUCUGAGCAGAGACCAGCUUCACUGGGCCUGUGCAGUGUUCACAGGGAGCAUGCUCAGAGCACAGGUCCCCCUCACACUGCCAACACCCAUCACUGAACCUGAAGAGCCAAAGCCAGAUAAUGGCAGGGUGCAGGUGAUCGGUUUGGCCUGUACUGCUGCUGUGUGUGUUGGAGUGCUGUUGCUGUUAGGAGGUCUGUUGUUUUGGCAUCUGAAAACAGCAGCAGGUUCCUCCUCAUCACCAGCUGAAGGGAAAGGUGCAGCUGAUCCAGUCUACAGUAACAUCACAGAUCUGCAGCAGGGUCAAGGAAACCCAGAUACCCCUAAAGAGGAGAAUGACAGUGAGGAGCUCCAAUACCUGAUAUUUUCCUUGACCACUCCCAGUCUGGACCCUCACAGACAACAACGGAGGCAGUUGAACCCCCAGUCUCAUUCUGAACAAGAAGAAAAUGAUAAAGUGAUCUAUGCAAGCGUCUGCAAAAUGUAAUAUGGAUAACUAUUCAAUGAUUCAAAUGGAAAAAAUUGACAUAAGUGUGGACAUUUCAAGUCUGUUCAGUGCAACUUCAUUAGAGAAGGAAGAAGACAAUUUUUUUCAGAGACCUGUUAUUAUGUAAAUAUGCCACUGUUUCUUCUGCAUUCUUUCUUGUUAAAGGAAGCUUUUACAAGUAUCUGAUCAUUUUUGUAUUUUGACUGUGAAGAACUCAGUGGUGUCAUGGAAAAUAUACACAUUUUUUCUGUACUUUUCUUUUUGCAGUUUUUUUUA